AUGACUGUCUAUUCUUUCUAUAUUUUCGACCGCCACGCGGAAUGCAUCUACAAACGGCGUUGGCUACCUCGCCCGGCUUCAAUUGCGGGAAAGUCUGGGCAAGGUGCAGUUUCGGGUGCAUCGACAGGUGGCGGGCAGACAGUGCGAGCAACAGACGAUGAUUCCAAGCUGGUGUUUGGCACGGUAUUUUCGCUGCGAAACAUGGUCCGCAAGCUCGGCGGCGACGAUGACAACUUUGUCUCUUUCAGCACCAGCCAGUAUAAGUUGCACUAUUACGAAACUCCGACCAACAUCAAGUUUGUCAUGUUAACCGACACCAAAAGCCCGAGUAUGCGCAUCGCACUUCAACAGAUUUACAUCAAUCUCUACGUCGAAUACGUGGUGAAGAACCCUCUUUCUCCGGUGGAACAUCCCGGUGGCAUUGGUGUCAACAACGAGCUCUUCGAGGAGUCUUUGGAGCAGUUUGUGACUCGCGUUCUUUCGUGA